UUUCUAAAGCGACAAGUUUCAUCCUUGGUGUGCCUCAUCGGCCUGCGCGGAUCACGACACUGCAGAUUUUGCAUCGCAGCUAUUGUAUCGAGUUUAUUCCUACACUUUCAUAUGUCCCGAAAAUGGUAUUGGGAAUACUGAUUGCAAUCGUGUCGGCUCCGGCGCUACUUGGAAGUCAAGAAGCUAUUCGACAGUCUCAGUCGAAAGAGAAACGCGAAGAACACCGCGCCCGUCGGUGCAACCUUAUCGCGUCAUGUGUCAAGUCUUCAGCGCGGAGUCGUGAAAUUGAUGGCCGUCCAGUUGUGCUUCGUAAUGGCAAGCUUUGGAUAGAUACCACAACUGAAGAUGGUGUGCCUUUCGGUCACACUUAUGCUGGAUACUAUCUACCAUACCCCGACUCAGAUUAUGAAGGCCUUGUCACGACCAUCACCGAUGUUGCUCCCAUGCUGAACUGGGUCUAUAUUGACAAAGACACCCACGAAGCCAAGUAUGGGGUCCGGGUCGAUGCCCAACCAAAUUUGACUGGUCCUUUUGAUUGCUCUCGACAAGAUCGCCGACUUACGUUUGAAGGAUGGGAGGGAUGGUGUGUGGUCGAAGAAGCACCUUCUUUGUGGGCUCUUUACUUCGACAAAGAUGAUGAUGGGUUGAAGUCGAAAGUCGCACCUGGCACAAGAGUUCUGGAUGUAGAGCUCUCACGAAAGGAAACCAGAUGGAAGAAAGAGAGUGAGGCCAGACAGCAAGACCAGACUACAAAGAGGGAAGUCGACACGAAAGAAGAUGCUCCAACUGAUGGGGCAAUCACGUCACAGCCUACAUUGAAUCCACCUGGAGUCGGUGUUCCUCCGCCCGAUGAAGCAACAGAUGGACUUCGUGACAAUACCACGACCGCAGCUCCCACUUUGAAGCCACUCAGUUUACCCAAAAGCAUAUUCUCCAAUCCCCCAAGGCCGAUCUUUGCACACACCGAGCUAUUACCUUCCUCCGAUGAAGCUGGAGGCCUCCCAAUACCUAAGAGUAUAUUCGAGGGUGCACCUUUAUCUCCUCCGCCAGCAUACUCCCAGGCUCCCUACACCCCACCACAGGCCGCGCAAGCACCCAGUCGUACACCAAGCCCUCACAUGAAUAUUCCGCCCCCGCAACAGCCAGAAGGAUCUCCCGCAACAAAUGAGAAACGCACAACGCCAAAAUUGAACAGGAAGAGCGGUUCCCGGACGAUGUCGCAAGCACAGAUGUUCGAAUCAUUAGCUGCGGGGAAAACGCUCAACGAUGGAUCCUUCCGCAAUAAGAGCAAAUCGCCGUCUCGACCCAUCAGUGACGCAACUUCUGUCUCUGACUACGACAACCCCCCAAAGACCACUACUACAGAGAUCUUCCAAUUAUACUCAGAUAGGGAGUCGAACUAUUUUCCACCUGUGCCGGUCCGCCCUUCCGUUUACGACCCACCAAAAAUGAAAACCGAUUUUGAAGCAGCUGAUCCUGCAGUCUUCGGUGCUUCUUCUAGCACAUCCUCAAACGUUGAUUCAAGGCGUCAAUUGACAGCCAAUGAUAGAAUCGAGGGCAAACAAGAUGGCGCAAUCAAGAACAAAACUCAGCUACGGGAGCCGUUCGUUCCCGUGAGGGGAAAGACGACAACCCAAUCCGGGGCAUCGAAUGUUUCACAGACUAGACGUACAGAUGGCAAGGCUCCGGAAAAGCUCCGAUCCGGCACGCUUCGCGAGCCUGCGACCCCCAAUUCGUCGCGAAGCAACACAGUGCGACCAUCGUCCAAAGGAACAUCUGAAUCACGUUCUAGAAUGGGAUCUUUUUCAACACGGCCGAGGGACGGUGACGCUUCCAGGGCUUCGCCAACGCGCCCGAAGCCUCUAUCGCGAACUAACACUACGCCAGCUCGCAGGCCUAUGACUGCUACUAUGACAUCUGGUACAGGAAACAGAGCCAUGGCUACUAGACUUGGAAGUAGCAGUAGUAUUAGCAGUAGUAGAACGCCGGAUCUGCCUCGAAGCAAGACCAAUUCUGGUCUGAUGCGCGAUCUGGACGAACUGAUCGCAGGAGGUGAAAGAAGCAGGAGCAAUACGGUCUCAAGUGCAGCCUCUGUCCGAGACUCCGGAAAGAGCGCCGACCGGACAUCAGAAGACAAGCAACCUCCCUCGAGGAGAGGUAUAUCUACUAGAGACUCGGCAAGGGAUAAGAACCGGAUUGUUGGGAGAGGUGCGACUCAGGGUGCGAGAGAUGUGCAGAAACGGAGAGGGACCGCCAGCAGAGAAGAUGGCGGCGAUCCAGCCGUGCAACGAUAG